AUGAGACCAACACUCUUGGUCAUAGUAUCUAUUCUGCGCUCGCAGAGUGUUGCUCUAGUGGCACCGCUCAAGGGAUACGGCGUCGUCAUUCCUCAGUGGGAAGUCGAGGUCUCUCCUGCAGGCCCCAAAGCAGCUCUUAACGGCACAAUCGAGCACGUGCACGAGGAGCUCGUCAAGCUGAACCCCGACUGGGAUGCCACGUAUCUCAACGACAGCCUUUCGACUCUGCAGAGACGAAACGUUUUCGGCUCCAGCCCCGGAUACUUUUGUCGGCGCCGUUGGGGCGAUGCUCUGGCGUCCGAGAUCAGGAUUGGCAUCAGGUAUCUGAGAGGUGUCCAUGGCCGGCCGACCAACGGCCCUGGCUGGGGCACUUGUUCAAGAGUGAGCUGCUCUUGGAACUCCGCCAUCUGGUGGUGCAACGACAAUAAGGAGGCAAAGACACUCGGCUCCUUUGGUGAUAUUGCCGACGGUGCCCAGUGGGUACUUGAUCAUUGCUCCAAGAGGCAGUACGAGGCUUCAAACAACAUCGUUACGUCUGGUCAGGUGUUCCACAAAGAUAACUGGAACGUCAUCGUAACUAAGGACACUAAGGCCUGUUGA